GUGGCGGGAAUAAUUUUGCCUCCUCUGGUGCCUCUCUUGGCGGAAUAUGACUACCCUUGCAAUAGGCACCUCAAAAGACAGGAUGAUGUCCAGGGAAACGAAACUGAGAAGAGCGAUCGCAAGGCCACAUACAGGCGACGCAUUGUGGAUUUCUACAGAGCUCCAUGCGUUCGAUUCGCCUACAGUGCCUUUUGCAGUGUCCUCUUGCUGAUCCUCUACUCCAUGGUGUUACUGGUUGUGAGAUCUGACUCCAUCGUUCGUCCGUUAGAAAUCAUUCUCCAUGUCUGUCUCGUUCUCGCCGUCUUCCAACACUCCUGCAACGCAAUCGAGACUCACAAAUCAGUAAGAGAGUACUUCAGUAACACCUGGAAUCGGUUGGUUUUGCUCUCCCUCUUCUUCUACGUGAGUGGAAACUUGCACUACUUGGACUCUCGUAUCAAGGGCUUCGAUGCACUCUCAGGCCUGGCGCGUCUCUUCCUCUCCUCUUGCCUCCUCUGCGCAUGUGCCCUCAUUCUUCACUUCCUAGUGCUCAGUCGAUACAUCGGACCCAAACUGAUGAUGAUCAUCACCAUGGUGGGUUAG